AUGCCACACCUUCACCCCGAGCCUCUCCUUCCAAGGCCUGGUGGGUGUCCGGCCCUUACGCCUCCAGACCAGAGACACCAUGCAGCUCCUGACACCACAGACCAGCAGCUCAGGGAGAGGAUUGGUGAGAAACUGCUGCAGCUGAGGAGGGAAGAGGCCGUGGUGCUGAGUGAGUCUCCGAGGCUGUGUCUGGUGUGUGACGAGCAGGUGGAGCAACACGCAGCCUUACGGAAGGGGAACAUCCAGAGCGCAUCCAGCGGGUGUGGGAGAUGCUGGGGCGUGCCGGGGUGCUGGGGCGAGGCCAGCGGCUGCAGCCUCCAGGCCCAGCGUGAGGAGGUGGAGCUCCCACACAGCCAGGAACGUGGCCUUCAUGUUCAGGGGGAGGAGGAGCUGCAGACCCUUCAGGAGAACUACAAGUCUGUCUACCUCCACCCCGCCACCUACGCCUUUGCCCUGCUCUCGGCCGGCUCACUGCUGCGGGUACGAGGGGGAGAAAGAAGUACCAUAAAUGCAUGCCGAGCCAGGGCCGGCGUGGGCAUCAUCCGUCCCCCGGCCACCACGCCGAGCUGGACCGCCCCCAUGGCUUCUGCUUCUACAACAACGUGGUCGUCGCCGCCAACAGGCUGGGAUGCCAAGGGUGCUGGUGGUGGUCUGGGAUGUGCACCACGGCAGCGGCAUCCAGCACGUGUUUGUGGCCGAGCCGAGGGUGCUGUACGUGUCCCUCCACCACCACGACCACGGCCUCUUCUUCCCAUCCUCUGAGGACCCAAACUACGACGAGUGGGGACGGGACCUGGCCAAGGCUACAACAUUAACAUUACCUGCAACAAGAGUGGCAUGGGUGACGCAGAGGCUCUCACUCAGGUGGUGCUGCCCGUGGCCUACCAGUUCAACCCACAGCUGGUCCUGGUCACUGCCAGCCUUGAUGUUGGUGCGGGGACCCACUAGGAGGUUGCUGCGUGAGUCCCGAUUGCUUUGGACAUAUGAUGGCCCUUCUGUCUGGCCUGGCCGAGGGCCGCAUGGUUCUGGCACUGGAGGGCGGCUUCAACCUCAACACCAUCAGCUACUGCAUGACGCUGUGUGCCAAGGCCUUGCUGGGGGACCCGCUGCCCCCCCUUGAGCCCCAGCUGGUGCCCAACAAGAGUGCCGUGCAGACCACCAAUGACAUCAUCCGUACCCACAGCCGCUACUGGCCGGCGCUCUGCUUCAAGGUGAGUGUGGGGGUCUUUAAUCCGACCACUGCAAUUGGCACGGAUUUGGCCUUCACUGGUAGCCCGGUAACAUACAGUCCCAGGUCUUUCUCUGCCUCUGUGGUGAUAGUGGAGUGUUUCCCAUGUGGUAUUGGUGUGCUGGAUAUCCCCUCCCAAGGUGCAGGACUUUACAUUUUUCUUCAGUGAAUUGUAGCAGACACUUUUUGUUCCAUUGCUGUAGCUUGGUGAGGUCUUCUUGUAAGAAAUCCACAGUCAAGGGGUUAAGGGGCAGGACUGGUGAAAGUUAUCCCUCAUGUCCUGCUGGUGUGUUCUGUGCCUGGUAGUGUUGUCAGCACAUAAUAUAGAAAGCUGCCUCAUUUCCAGAACUAUAUAUUGGACAUGUAUUAGUUAGAUCUCUCAAAACAUUUCUUCAGUUCUCAGUGGCUAUAGAUAUUGUUGUUGUCAGACAGUAAGAAGAAAAACACAUUAUCCUCUCUAUGUUUUGCAGUCUUUUCUUGUGGUUUGAGUCCUUGUGGUGCCUGACCCUGGGCAAGGUUACUUUCUUUACUGCCCUCACACUGCUCCUUGCCUCCCUGGAGCAGAGUCAGGGAGAGGUUGUCUACAUCUACCAUCAGUAUAAUAGCCUUGGUGAUUAGUAGAAGGAGAUAAUAGGAGGAAUAGAAGGUUUAUUUUGAUUUAUAUUAGUUUUUUUUUCAUACUCUCUUCUUCCUUCUCCUCCUCCUCCUCUCUCUCAUUCUUCCUCCCUCUCUC